AUGGUCUCUUGGGCUGGGUGCAUCUCUGGCAUGGUGCAACGGAAACGGGCGCCAGAGUCGGACAGGAUGCGAUUCACUGCCAGGGUCUUAGUUGAAACAGCUGCUGUCGUCAGUUUUCAAGGUAGUAGUAGACGCGAGGAUGCAGACUUUGCGGCUAUGAAGGCCUCCGUUGGUGGAACAGAACAGACCCGUACGGAAUGUCGUAAGUUAUUCCGCCUGGUUGAACCGACCACCUCUACCCACCAACCCAGAGUAGAAGGUGACCGGGACAGUGAUGGCGAUGGCGAUGAUGGUGAAGCUGGAAAGGUGCGAUUGAUCUUUGGGUUUUUCUGGGAUACUUCGAUGUCUCCAGUCUCUGCCAUAAGUAGUAUCUGCCUUGAAAUUGGCCACCAUCAUAUAUGGAGUAUCUUGGAGCCCUUCGUAUUACUGGGAGAAGCCUCCGCCCUACGAGCUAGCUAA